CUUGGGCCUGCUACGAACUCAUAGUCGUUCAUUUUGAAAACGCAUUUGUUGCUCCGGAUACAUCGCGCGACUGUUCUCGAACCAACGCCGGAAUCGCGCAUUCCGCACUACAUUCACGAUAGCUUCAUCAACCCUGCCAAUCCACCCCCAUCCAGCCGCCGCGAUGGCUGAUUCCCCAGCCAAAGCCGACGGCGGCUCCGAGCGGAGGCCAGCGGGCUACAAAUCGUGGAAAAAGAAGUAUCGGAAGAUGCGUAUCGUCUUCGACCACAAGAUGCACGAGUGCGAGGAGCUGCACAAGCAAGAGGCCAAGGCUGCCAACACGGUGAAGCGCUUGGCCAUAGAGAAUGACCGGCUACUGGACCUUCUCCUCGAAGUCAACAAUUCUCCGCAGAUUCCCACAGACCGACGGAUAGACCUGUCUCUCAAGCCUCCCUCAGACGACAACGCCCUCUGCUUGCCCAUGGACCGUGAUCGCAGCAAGGAUAAGGAGGCUGCCAUGAAGAAACUCGAGCAGAUGCUCAGCGACAUCCCCCAUUCGACUUAUGACUCAGCGAAAGAGACCAAAUCCUCGUUCCUUGCCGACUUGGGUGCUCCCGAUGGCGAGUCCCAUCCUGCACAUUUCCUGUCCGCCGACGAUAUUGACGACUACAUCUACCUCGUCGAUACUGGAAUCGACCCUGACUCGACCCUGCCCACGAUGGCGCCGCUCGCCCACCCCAUUGCGCGUCCCCCUUCAAAUCCUCAGACCAAGAACCCUACUAGUGUCACAAAUUGGCUGCGGAAACAUGCACCAAAGAUCUUCCUCCAAGACGGAGAGACGCAUGGCGAUGGCGACGACGAGGCCGCGGGGGCUGGCACGGGCGCUGGCGGUGGAAGCAGUCACGCCAGCGCGCGAAAGCCACGCGGAAGUGCUAAAGGCGAGCGUGGCGGCAGUAAAGCCAGCGGCAAGGGCAAGAAGGCUGGCGCGGCUGCGCGGCUCAGUGCUGCGGCUGAGCGCGGAGACGGCGAUGCCAGCAUGGACGACGAUGGCGAUUUCGGAGCGACACCCGCAGCCCGCAGCAGCAAGCGCAAGAGGGACGACGAUACCGGAUACAAGCCUAGAGGGUCUUCGAGCCGGCCGACUAAAAAGAAGCGCAAGAGCGAUGUCGAGGCAACGCCCACGGCGCGUAAAUCCAAGAAGGACGCUGCGGCAGCGAGCAAGGACGAAUAAGGAGUUUCCUGAUGAUCAUUUCUUUGGGGAUUAUGCACUUGAGAGAUAUGGUUAUUUGCGCAGCCAUGACGGCAUAUGCGUCAUCAUCAAAGUUUAUGCUACUAUCUGGUCUCGGCUCUAUUCAUAACGUCUGGAAGGAGUCGGGAUUGCAUUUUCUUCUUCUUUCGCAGAUUUGUUGUCGCCUCUUUGUUAUCCUGCC